AUGCCAAAAAGUCGUGGCUUAAGGCCAAAGCUUGCCUUGAACCACGAAGGAUUGGCCUUGAACCACGAAUUGCUGGCCCUGAACCACGGUUCAAGGCCGAAAGCUGGCCCAAAGCUUGCCUUGAACCACGACGGACUCGUGGUUCAAGGCCAAAAGCUUGCCCUGAACCACGAAGGAUUGGCCUUGAACCACGAGUUGUUGGCCUUGAACCACGUUUCCUUGAACCACGAACGAUUGGCCUUGAACCACGAACGAUUGGCCUUGAACCGCCUUGAACCACGAACGAUUUGGCCUUGA